AUGUUCGUCAUACUCCUUGCUGUCGUCGGCUUGACCCUUUCAGCUUCCUUCGACAGCCAAUCCGGCGGCUUUGGACAGGCUCAGGGCAACGGCUUCGGGCAGCCGGUGAAUGGAAACAACGAUGCUGGCUUCAACAACAACAACAACAACAAUAAUCCGUCACCGAUCAACCAGAAUGGUGGAUUCAACGGCGGAAUGAAUGGAGAUGGGUCCCAGCCACUCCCCAUCAACCAAAACAACGGCUUUGGCGAUCAGCAGAAUCAGGGUGGCUUCAAUGGCAACAAUAAUGGCGGCUUUAACGGAGGCGAUUUUAAUGGACAAAACAACGGCUUCAACAACGGCAGUGAGCAAGCCGAUUGGGAGGCCAAAUUGGAGCAGCUGAAGUCUCAGCUCGAAUCUCUUCGCAACGGCUUUGUCAACUUUUGGAAUCAACUGAUCCAGCAGCAAAAAGCAGCCAUCAUUGGUGCCAAUUGGAGGCGGGGCCGUGCCGAUGUGACUGCUUUCAAAAGACCAUGCCGAGAUAUCGAAAAGCACAUCUCCGACAAGACCAACGCCUACAACAACAUGCACCAGGACCGGCGGGCCGUCGUCGCAGCACAGGCCGAGCUCGAGGCCAAGGAAUCCUUGUUGUUGCUGGUCGAGGGCCGCGUUCGCCGCCUCGCCGUGGCCGAGCAGCAGCUGGCACUCCAGACGUGGCGCGCCGCCUACGCGAGCGCCUACAUCGCCGGGCGGCCGUUCGAAGAGCCACCCAGCGCCGAAUUUAGCGAUAAAUACGACCUGGGAGACGGGCUGCCCACGGCGAUCAACGGCUUCGACAAAGCCAAGUUCAACACUUACAUCGACAUGGACAUCGUGGACCUCGAUAAGGUUGCGAAGGAGCUGCAGGGGACCAUCAUCCCGGCCGCACAAAAAGAUGUGCUCGCCGCUACGGCAAAGCGGACGGAGAGCGAGAAGCUGUACUACCUAAUUGCGAUGCGCACCAGGGCGAUCGGCGUGACUGCGGCCGCGACGACGAUUGCAUUGCGGGCAAAAUGCGCGGAUGAGGCGUCUUUCACCCCGGUCAAGGGCGUCGACAUCCUCACCAAGAAGGAGUCAGUCUAUGAUGAGCCAUCGGACGGGUCGACCGCCAUCACCGACAGCAAGAAGAUCGAGAAGAAAGAGCAAGAAGAAGAUGAGCGACCGCCACAGCCACGCACGCCGCGCCGAGCCCACCUUAAUUGCAUUUGCUGUGCGUUUGAUUUCGUGAAAUGUUGUGAU